GGAUGCUGAGGCUUUUAUUGUGAAAUCAGUACACACCGGAAGUUUACAGUUAGCAUCCCUUCGUUUCAGUUCUCCUCAGCGUGGGGAGCGUCGAGGGAAAAUGUUACCUUUAUCUAUUAAAGAUGACGAGUAUAAACCAGCUAAAUUCAACCUGCUGCUUAAACUGUCCGGAUGGUUCAGGUCAAUUCUGGCGGAGAAAACCUCCAGGAAUCUGUUCUUCUUCCUCUGCCUCAAUCUAUCUUUCGCUUUUGUGGAACUGACGUAUGGAAUCUGGACCAACAGUUUAGGUCUGAUAUCAGACUCCUUCCACAUGUUCUUCGACUGCACCGCCCUGCUGGCAGGCCUCGCAGCCUCCGUCAUCUCCAGGUGGAGGUCCAACGACAGCUUCUCCUACGGGUACGUAAGGGCUGAGGUUCUGGCGGGCUUCGUCAACGGACUUUUCCUCAUCUUCACAGCUUUCUUCAUCUUCUCUGAGGGAGUUGAGAGAGCUUUGGAGCCUCCGGACGUUCACCACGACCGGCUCCUGCCCGUCUCUGUGGCCGGCCUGCUGGUCAACUUGGUGGGCAUCUUCGUGUUCCAGCAUGGCGGACAUGGACACUCGCACGGAGACGGAGGUCACGGUCACAGCCACUCCCUGUUCAACGGCAGCGCUCAUCACGGACACAGUCACGGAGGACACGACCAUGGAGGACACGGACACAGCCACGGAGGACACAGUCAUGAUGAACACGCUCACAGUCACGGAGGACAUGGACAUAGCCACGGAGGACACCAGGAACCUCCCUGUCCUGAUGAUCUACAGCCUGCUGCAGGAAGAGGCUCCAGCAAACAGAUCCUACAGGGAGUUCUUCUGCACAUCAUCGCUGACACUCUCGGCAGCGUCGGCGUGAUCAUCUCUGCUCUGCUGAUGCAGAAAUACGACCUGAUGAUCGCAGAUCCCAUCUGCUCCAUGCUGAUCGCCCUCCUCAUCGGAGUCAGCGUCGUACCUCUGCUGAAGGAAUCGAUCGGCAUCCUGAUGCAGAGAACUCCACCCUCACUGGACCACACUCUGCCAGAGUGCUACCAAAGAGUUCAACAGCUGCAAGGAGUCUACAACCUGCAGGAGCCUCACUUCUGGACUCUGUGCACGGACGUUUAUAUCGGAACACUGAAGCUGCUCGUGGCGCCUGAUGCAGACACCCGCUGGAUCCUCAGCCAAACGCACAAUAUCUUCACGCAGGCUGGAGUCCGGCAGCUCUACGUUCAGAUCGACACCGCUGCAAUGUAGAGGCUCCGCCUACUGGCCUGGGACCAAUCAGUCUGCUGCUGCAAGUGAACUUUAAACGCCCCCAACAGUCACUGCACAGCCACUGCAGGGCAGACGCGGAGGGGGGGGCGCGCACACGGAACUGAUGAAGUCAAACAGCCCCGACCCAUUUGUCUUUUGGUUUUUAAUGAUGUAACUUUCUGGGUUGCUGGGCAUCGGGCUCUCCCCACCGCCUGUACUUUGUUAUCUGACACAAAGUAUUCUGGGUAAGUGCCUUCAUUGUGAAUCGGAGACAAUCUGAGCUCCUCCCACCACUGCUGCGGCCCGCUGCGGGGUCCAGAGUAAAGCCCUGUUUUUACUGUGCCAUACAUGUGACCAAACCAUGUGACCCGUCCACGGGAUCAUUUUUUUAUUUUUACUGUAAUAAAUAAUUCUGUUCCUUUGA